GAACAUCUGGGAUUGAUCAUAGGAUCACAAACUGGAAAGCAGUCAUCUGGCUUCUACAAAUAAACACAUUCAGUUCCUCUUCCACAACAUUUUUUUUUUUAAAUGAAAAAACUGCAACAGCCAUUUUAAGGCUUUUUAAUACUUGCAGCCACAGUAUUUUUAACUUUUCAGUAAUUUUUAAUAUUACUUUUUCGCAUCACAGUAUCAGAUAAAUUUCGUUUAAUCCUGGACCGGCAGUAGUGCUUGGGAUUGUCCUCCACACAAGCACACACGCACAAUUAAUUUCCUACUAUUUCACUUCAAAAUUUUAUGAAACAAUGGUAGCCUUGCAACUCCGAUUUUUAUUAGUUCCAUUCCUCACAAGCGCCAUGGGAGCAGCACAAUAUAUGAUGCAGGACGCGGCACUGAUGAACUACAUUGACCGGCGUUUCCUAUCUUUAGAGAAGAGGCUGGAAAAAUGCAACCAAGACAUACUGGAUUAUGUGGAAGAAUUCCGAGACUUUUCACAGAUGGUACUGUCCCGCCUGGCAGGACUGAACAGUUAUAAGGCUGAGGUUAAAAAUGAAGUAGAGAAUUUGCUAACAAGGAUUGAACGAGCACAAAGGGACAUUGACUAUUUUGGAUCUGUCACAGAUUCUAAUACAUGUAUAGAAGUACAUGAAGACCUGGUGAAACAGCAGCUACUUGAAGAAGCAGAAGAAAAAAAGAAACUUAAACUCAUGCUUAAUGCAAGUUGUGACCACAUGCUUGCAGGUAUUAAGUCCCUAAAGAUAGUUAAGAAGACUGGAGAUAAGCAUGGCUCUUGGAUGAAAGAUCCUGGCAAAAAGCAUACAAAGAUUUAUUUAUUAAAUGGUUCUGUAAAUAAUGUUAUUUUGGAAUUUGAAAACAUCAUGACAUUCAUGGAAGACAAUCAUACACUAAAAGCUCGCCGAGUCACCUUGCCAUCUCCCUGGGAGGGAACUGGCCACAUCAUAUAUCAGGGUUUCUUGUUCUAUCACAGAUAUGGCUCUCUAAAUGAGAUAAUUAAAUUCAAUAUCCCGAAAAGAAAGAUAACUGACCAAAUGCUACUGCCGGGGGCUGGAAGGGUUCCUGCCUAUCAGCUUUCUCCAUCUACAAAGAUAGAUCUUGCUAUCGAUGAGCAAGGGCUGUGGGCAAUCCAUGCAGAACCAGAGACUGGAGGAAACAUUGUCAUUACUAAAAUCAACCACAUAACCAUGGCAGUGGAGCACGCUUGGGACACAUCAUGCAGCAGCAAGGAUGCCGAGGCGGCUUUCAUGGCAUGCAACAUGCUCUAUGUUGUCUACAACUUCCCUAGCGGAGGCACCUCCCGCAUACAAUGUGUUUAUGACGUUUUGGCUGCUGUAAAUACUUAUGAAAUCCCAGUAUUACAUUUCCCCAAACGUCAAGGUAGCCAUUCCACUAUACAUUACAAUCCCAAAGAAAAGCAACUCUUCGCUUGGGGUGACGGAUCUCAGAUCAUUUACAAGCUUCACACAAAGCCAAAAGUUUAGAAUCUUCAGCAACUUUUCACAUACACUUAAAAUCUAGCAGGGCAAUGUCAACGCGGUCAUUGCAGUGUAGUAAAAUUACAUUAUUCCCAGCUAUUACAACUUUCAUCUCUUUUACAUAAAUUUAGGUUUACAUACUCCACUGAUCUUAAGCUCAUGUCCAAUUAAGACUAUGUAAAGACUCCAUUAAUAUAAAUUACAUGAUGACUAAAUACCACACAUGUGCAACCCCACACACACAAAUUAGUCUUAAAGACUAAGGUUAAUUAAAAACCACAAUAAUCCAUCUCUGACAUAUUCUCUCCCUAUCAAAUCUAGGCAUUCUGGUUCAGUGCCACGGAAAUCAAAUCAGAAGUCCCUCCUGUCCAAUCCACAUUAUCUGACAACCUUCACCACCCUGAAGCUCGCUGCAGGAAGCCUUCUUGUAAGCACUAUAAAGUCACACGCUUCCAGAGAAAUUAUCUAUCAACUUUUAACAGGUUUAUUAUAUCACAAAGCAUAACAGUAUACAUCCUCACAAACAUGGUUUAUUUUUAACAUAUAGUUCCUGUACAUUCCAUCAAGGCUAUUCCUAAUCACUGAACUUUUAGACUAUUUCCACGAAAUUUCCACAUUUUUGUUAUGCAUAUAGCCGUACAAUUCACUUGUGAUCCUGCUAAUAUGUUAGCUGCAGCUAAAUAUUCACUCUUAUCAGCUUCAAUUUGCCACCUUCCAUUUUUUUUUCAGCAUAUCACUGCCUGUGUGUCAGAAGGAAUGUUCCUAGAUGAUCUGUUCUGGAUCAGACACUAUUUUAAAAUGUUUUCCGUAUCACCCUUGGUUUCCUUUCUUAUUAGGCCUCUUUCAGCAUCUAGUUGCGAGGCAUUUUCUCAGUACUUCAAGUCACUUCCAUGGCAGAACCUUGCUCGUCCUGUCCUCUGACUCCAUCAAAAUAUCUGUCCAGAAAAGGUGGCCCUGAUGUGCACAAGAGUGCAAGUGAGGGCAUGCCACUGGUCAGUCCUGGGUUUGUGAGGAACAGAUACACUCCAGGUAAAUACAAACACAUUUUUGUUUUGAAAAUAGUAUUAGAAAACCCCAAACAAACCCUUUUACUUGUGAAACACUGGUACUGGCUGUAAUUUUUUGGAUUUUAAUGACAGAUGCAUUUCUGUUUAAUAUCAACAACAAAAA